UAUAAUUUGUAAGGGAACUAAUCCAAACAAGGCAAUUGAAAUUGUUUCUAGAUAUUCAAAGUAAAUAUAAUUAGUUACACUGAAUCAAGUCAUUUUUGGGUUUAAGGUAACUUUCAUUUGGGUUCGUACGUUUUUCAUUAUAUUAAUGUUAAUAGAUACGGGGAUAUCUCUUUCAAUAAUUUUGUUCCCUAUUUCAUUUGCAGGAAGAAAUUAUCAGUAUAACGGAAAUAGGGAACAAAAUCAGGACGUACAUAAAACAAAAUGAUUACCCUUCCAUGAUUGACGAUCACUAAAGGGGAAACAAAUUAAUCUCUAAUCACUUCAUCAUAAGCAAAUGUACCUCAAACCAUGUAUUAUAUGCUAUAUAAGAAGAUAAAAGAGGUCCCCAAGUUCUGGCACAAGAAGAACCUAGCAAGAAAAAAACCAACAAGAAGAAAAGAGCCAUUAUGAGUUUGGUAUAUUCAUUCCUAGGGUUUAGGGUUUUCUUGUGUUUGUGCUUGUUGGUAUGGGUAACGAAAGGCCAAAAUGUCAACCUCUUUCGUCAAACCGAACAACUUGGUCGGCGCAAGAUUUUCAAUGUGAUGGAUUAUGGAGCUGUUGAAGGUGGAAUAACUGAUAACAGCCAGGCAUUUUUGAAAGCAUGGAAUGAUGCCUGUAAAUGGACCGGAAGGGCAAGGGUUUUGGUUCCCAGAGGAAUAUUCAAGUUAUUCCCAGUUGUAUUCUCAGGUCCAUGCAAUGGUCCGAUUGCCUUUUUGAUCAUGGGGACUUUAAGAGCCUCUACUGAUCCAUCAACAUUUAAUUCUGAAAAUUGGAUAAACUUCCGAUACUUGGAGCAGUUAACCGUAGCCGGAGGCGGUACCUUGGACGGCCAAGGAUCCUAUGUUUGGCCUCUUAACAACUGCAACAAUCGUCCAUGCAAGACACUCCCCAUCUCUUUGAGUUUUGACUUCGUCACAAAUGCAAGCGUCGCUCACUUGAGAUCAUACAACAGCAAAAAUGCCCAUAUCAAGGUUUAUGGAUGCAACAAAAUGGACUUCACCAAACUUAGAUUGUCAGCUCCAGGUGAUAGCCCAAACACCGAUGGCAUAAAAAUCGGAAACUCCUACCGCAUCAGAAUCUCACGCUCGGUUAUUGGGACCGGCGAUGACUGCAUUGCGAUAUUGUCAGGAAGUAGGGAAAUCCACAUUUCUAAAAUUUUUUGCGGUCCUGGGCAUGGAAUCAGCAUUGGAAGUCUCGGAGGGUAUGAUAAUGAAUACGAUGUGGAAGGAGUAUAUGUGAAAGAUAGCGGUUUAAAGGGGACUACCAAUGGUCUAAGAAUCAAAACAUGGGCUUAUUCUCAUCCCUUGAAGGUUUCAAAGAUUAGAUACGAAAACAUUGUGAUGACUGAUGUCACGAAUCCAAUUAUUAUCGAUCAAAAUUAUUGCCCCAGCCCUCCCUGCAAUCAACAGGUUACUUCGAAUGUGCAAAUUAGUGAUGUGACAUAUAAUAACAUAUGGGGAAGUUCUUCUUCCAAAGAAGCAGUAAUUCUGAAAUGCAGCAAAACCAGCCCAUGCAAGAACAUGGUGAUGAGCAAUAUCAAGUUAUCCCUCAAUGGUCCUGGAGGUAUUGCGAGUUCUUCCUGCGAAAAUGCCAUUGGCGUCUCUUACGGCACACAAAACCCUCCUUCUUGCAUAAAAGUCUAGAUUUAUAUAUGCAGCAUAUGCUUUUGACUUCAAGCAGUCUUUGGACAUA